UCAUCGGCCUGUUUGUUUGUGUUCGCAUGCACCACGGUUCUCAGCUGGCAAGUUGACUUACCACCAAACUCUAACAUCCGCUGCAAAAGUUCACCUAGCCGGGGUACGGCUAUAAAUACACAUGCAAAACAGCAAGUUUGCUUCAUCCCAUCUUCUCUCGAGCAAACCCCAAGACCCGAGCAGGAAGCUAGGAAGAUGGCCAAGCUUGCCCUUCUCGCCGUGCUCUUCUCCUUGCUCGGCGCCGUGUCCUGCGAAUUUCCAAUCUAUGCCGGCUACGGCUUUCCACCCCCGAAUCCCAGUGUGCCCUAUCCGCUCCCACCGGCUUGCCCUCCACUCAGCCCUGCCCCUGGCCUUAAGGUCGGCUACUAUGCCGACAAGGACAAGUGCCCUCGGGCGGAGGACAUCGUGAGGAAGGUCGUGGAGAAAGCCACCGCCGGCGAGAAGGCCGGGCUUAUACGCCUCUUCUUCCACGACUGCUUCGUCGAGGGCUGCGACGGCUCCGUCCUGCUCAGCGGCACGGACACGGAGAGGACGGCUGUCCCCAACCUCAGCCUGCGUGGCUUCGAACUGAUUGAGGAGGCAAAGGCUAAAGUCGAGAAGCACUGCCCAGGCAUCGUCUCGUGCGCCGACAUCGUCGCCUUCGCCGGCCGCGACGCCAGCUACAACCUGAGCUACGGCAGGAUCAACUACCGUGUGCCGGCCGGCCGGUACGACGGGAAAGUAUCGCGCGCCAACGACACCUUCCAGAACCUGCCGCCGCCCUUCGGGGACCUCGCCCUGACCACGGCCAUAUUCGCCGCCAAGGGGCUCAACCAGAACGAAAUGGUCGUGCUUUCCGGCGCGCACUCCAUCGGACGCUCAGCCUGCUCCUCCUUCCCCGACCGCCUCCCGCCGGCCGCCAACUCCAGCACCGCCAUGGAACCCAAGCUCGCCGGGCAGCUGACCGCGACCUGCAGCGCCGGCAGCAGCGUAAACGUGCCGCAGGAUGCUGUGACCCCCGACAGGUUGGACAACCAGUACUACAAGAACGUCAUGAGCCGCGAUGUGCUCUUCAACUCCGACGCGUCGCUCACCACGUCCUCGCAAACCGAGGACCUGGUGGAGUUCUAUGCCGGUAACCUUCCCUUUUUGGGUGGCAAGUUCUUAGGCCCACUCGCGUGGUACCAUGACUUUGAAGAUGCCAUGGUGAAGAUGGGCUACAUCGGGGUGAAGACCAGUGCCGAGGGCGAGAUCAGGAAGACAUGUGCGUCGAUCAACAUGCCCUAGUGCCCUGCCUGCACCGGUUGAUGGUCUGGCCAUCUCGACGCCCUUGGACUAGUGAGAACAAUGUUUCAUAGUGUCGUGCUCUUUGGUGUUCUUAGUCCCAGUCAUCGUUUCUAGUUUGCUCAUUCAUUUUACCAUGUUUGUAAUUCUUACUUGACCACUACCUCCAACGCCCGCAUUCUUUUCUAUAUAUUUUGAGAUCCACGAGUUAAUUUGAUCUGUUAA